CUUAAUUCUCAAGAUUUUCCUUGAAAAAAAACACUCAAUCUUUGUUGGAUAAGGUAAAUCCGUAAUAAUCAAUUACUAGUGAUUAGCUUUUUAAUUUUACACGAUAAUUAUCUAAUUUUGACUAAUAUUAAAUGCCAAAUUUUGCAUCUUUUUUACGUGUAAAUAACGUGGGUGGGUUGUUCUUGCUGCUCCUAAAAUGAUGGUGUAGAUGCGUAACAUUCUCUUCUUUAUUAUAUAUAUGUAUGUAUUAUUUUUCCUUCUUGUGACAUGACAGAAUACAGAAGGAACAUAUUUACCAUGAGUGAUAACUGGUUCUUCGACCAAAACUUCAACUUAAUCGAAGAGAACUUUUUUGAUGAUGUCAAUUUGGACCAAUCAUUGAAUGAUAUGACUUUGGAGGGGGAUACCGUUAAUGGACAAAAGUGGGAUGAUGAGUUUCAAAGCCUCCAACCACCGCCGCCCAUGUUUUACGGUGACCCUUGUUGUGCUGGGUUGGAUGAAAAUCAGAUAGAUUCUGGUGGGAAAUCUUCUCCACUAAGCAUUUUCCUUGAUGACAACUCUGUUGAUGUGAAAGAUGCAAGCCUGUUCCGGACCUCCAGUCCAGUAUCUGUCCUUGAAAGCAUCAGCUCUUGCUCAGGGCCAGCUGAGAACUCAUCUGCUAACCUCAAACCAAACUUUCUAGUGAAGCGCACUAGGAGCAAGCGCAAACGAGCAUCAACAUUGAAUCUCCAAGCUAUAUUGCUUCUGUUAUCCUCUUCCUCUACAGGAGAUGGUUUUUAUGAAUCAGAACCAAAUGGCCAUCUUGCUGAAAGGCCUUCCAAGAAAAAGAAAAAGAAAAAGAAAAAGAACCUGACAUUGCGCUCAGAUUCUAGCAAGAUGGAUAAAUCCGAAUCACAGCAGCUAGUUAGAAAAUGUUUGCACUGUGGAAUCACAAAAACUCCCCAAUGGAGGGAAGGACCAAACGGGCCAAAGACCCUGUGUAAUGCAUGUGGAGUUCGUUACAGGUCUGGCCGCCUAGUUCCAGAGUACCGACCAGCUGCAAGUCCUACAUUCAUUCCAUCAUUGCACUCAAACUCUCACCGAAAGAUCGUAGAGAUGAGAAGAAAGGCCGAGGGGAUGAGAAAAAAGGGCUGAGCUGUCUGCUGCUAAACUUGUGCAACAGCAAGUUAAUUAGCAAUGGUAGCAAUUGAUUGUUAUUAUUUUGGUAUGUACAUUGGUUGAAUAAGUAGGAAGUUAGGUGAUGAUGAUGACAUGUUUUGUCAGAAGGGAUAGGAAUAGACAGAGAAAAAUCUAAUUGGUUAGAGCCUUCGAAGAAGAUGGAAGGAUGAGUUUUUAGAUUAGAGUUAGUUAUGCUUCUGCCUUCUAGUAGUAGUGCUACUUGAACAUGUUUGACAGUGUCCAUGUCUCCACCCACCCUAUUCAUUUCAUUCAUUCUUAAAUGGCAAUAUGUCUUUUGCUUCUGUUUCUUUAAAAAUAACAAGUAAUUGUGUGU